AUGGUUUAUAAAGGGGGUGCGCAGGAAGUGGGUGAGCAGAGCGUGGUUGGAGCUGGAGGUAGUAGUACCAGGAAUUUUCCGGCCGACUUAACAAGGGGACCAUGGGAGAUCUGGCAGUUGGAAUUAAUGGCUUCGGCCGGAUUGGACGGUUAGUCCUACGUGCCUGCCUGGACAAGGGCAUUCGAGUGGUGGCCAUCAAUGACCCCUUCAUCGAUCUCCACUACAUGGCUUACAUGUUCAAGUAUGAUUCCACCCAUGGCCGUUACCAUGGAGAAGUUCAAGCUGAGGAUGGAAAGCUCGUGGUGGAUGGGAACCCCAUUGCAGUCUUCCAGCACAUGAAGCCAGCAGAGAUUCCCUGGGGUGAAUCGGGAGCUCUCUACGUCGUGGAAUCAACUGGAGUCUUCCUGAGCGUGGACAAAGCCUCGGCCCACCUGCAGGGGGGUGCCAAGCGUGUGGUGGUGUCUGCCCCAUCGCCCGAUGCCCCCAUGUUUGUGAUGGGUGUCAACGAGGACAAGUAUGACCCUUCCAGCAUGUGUAUUGUCAGUAAUGCCUCCUGCACGACCAACUGCCUCGCUCCCCUUGCAAAGGUCAUCGAGGAUAACUUUGGGAUCGUUGAGGGUUUGAUGACCACUGUCCAUGCCUACACUGCCACACAGAAGACUGUGGAUGGACCAUCUGCCAAGGCGUGGCGAGAUGGAAGGGGUGCCCACCAGAACAUUAUCCCAGCAUCGACUGGUGCUGCCAAAGCUGUGGGCAAAGUCAUCCCUGAACUGAAUGGGAAGUUGACGGGAAUGGCGUUCCGGGUCCCAGUGGCAGAUGUAUCUGUUGUUGAUCUGACGUGCCGCCUCGCGAAGGCAGCCUCCUACACUCAGAUCAAGGAAGCGGUGAAGAAAGCAUCGGAGGGCCCACUGAAAGGGAUCCUGGGAUAUACCGACCAACAGGUUGUGUCCACUGACUUCAUCAGCGACACACACUCGUCCAUCUUUGAUGCUGGUGCUGGGAUUUCUUUGAACGAUAACUUUGUGAAGCUGAUCUCCUGGUAUGAUAACGAGUUUGCCUACAGUAACCGUGUGGCUGACCUGAUGCUGUACAUGUUCAGCAAGGAGAACUGAGGCGGUGAUCGGUGUGGCUGAGAGAGCGUGCUUCCUGGCUCAUUGCGGGAGGGAGGAGAGAGGGAGAGUAGUCACACAUGGAGAUGCGGACGGUUCAUUACAGCCUGUGCUGUGUAGUGUUUGAUGUAGGUGAACCUGCUCAGCUCCAGUAGUACUCCACUGUUCACACUCGUGCUCACGCUGUGAUUUGUGUGCGGUCAGUGGUAUUUGUCUCUGUUUUGUGUAUGUGCUUCUCACGGGUCCUCAGGGUACACCAUUCCUCCUCCGAUCAUUCCUGAUAAAUUCCAUGUAAUUGUCGAAAUAAAUAUCCCCAUUCAACUGGC